AUGGAAAAGGCUGUAAACGGGCUCACCGACGAGGUUGCAAAAUUGAAGCUGAAGUUAGAAACCGCUGAACAGCAGUGCGACGCAAAGACCCUUGAGCUGAAGAAGGCCAACGAUUUGCGUAAAGCUUCUCAGGCCGCGCAACAGGCAGCUGAAGCCACAGUUAGACGCCUGCAAGCAGCUCAAAAAGGGAAGCAGGGUCCAGCGUUGGACGAAGUGAUUGCUGCACUGGAGGCUGAGUUGAAGCUGUCGCAGAAAGAGGUGUCAAGACUGCAAGAGGACAACAGGGCUCAGGAUCGUCUCAUGCGCACUAAAGAAGUUGCCCUUUUGGACGCUGAGAAGGCUGUGGAGGCUGCAAAUGCAAAAGCGGCUCAAGUGGAUGAAUGUUUGAAUAAGAUUGCAGAGCUGACUCGCCAGCUUAACGCACAACAGGACGAGAACAAGACGCUUGACCGCAUGUACAAGCAGAAGGUGGACGACGUGAAGAAGCUUACAUCGCAAGUCGAAUCUUUGAGUGAAGCUGUGACAGCUGCACAGAGCUACACUAGCGUCAUCAAGGACUACCAGCGACAACUUCAGGAGUUACAGGCCACCCACAAGAUCACCCUGGACGAGCUGGCUCGUGCAAAGAUUGCAGCAACCCGCGUUGCUUCUGCCAUUGCUAACGAAUGGAAGGAUGAUAAUGACAAGGUUAUUCCCGUAAAGCAGUGGCUAGAGGAGCGGCGUGUUAUGGUGGGAGAGGCGGAAAAGCUAAAGGAAAAAUUGGCACAUGCUGAACGUGCGACCAAGUAUGAAGCACAGAUGAAGGAAAAGGCACAGACUAGACUCAAAGUUUUGGAGGAGUGCUUCAAGGUUGGUACACCUCUAAGGUCGUCGAUAACUGGCAGGAUCUCACCUGGCCGGCUUUCCCUCUCAUCCUCAACCUUGAAGCUCCCCAAGCAAGUUUUCCCCCUUGGUUCCGACCCUGAACGCAUGAGCACCACUUCCUCGGACAACGAGCCGAUUCCAGAGAUUGACUACCAGCCAAGCCCUAAGAGAGCUGGAGAGGAUGACAAGGUCCCUGGUGCACUGUACGACGUAAUGCAGCGGGAGGUGGUUGUGUUGCGGAAGACUGUCUCUGAAAGGGAACAGAGCCUCAAGGACAAAGAUGAUGCAAUUGAGAUGCUGUCGAAGAAGGUGGAGACACUGACGAAGGCCAUGGAUGUGGAGACCAAGAAAGCACGACGAGAGAUUACUACGCUUGAGAAGGAGCUUUCGAUCUUCAAGAAUGAACCGCUUGGUCGAACUCCUGGGCGCCGCAUAUCGGUCACUGGUGUCCGCCAGCCCCUAGUCUCGUCAACAUCAGCAAGGUGA